AUGGAAAUGAAUCACCUCAUAGGUCAGCGUUUCAACCUGAUCUCGAAAAGUGACAUUCGCUAUGUCGGUACUCUUCACGAAAUCAACCCCGAAGCUUCCACGAUAGCUCUUGAGAAUGUCAUGUCAUUCGGCUCAGAAGGGCGCCGUGGCAACCCCGCCGAGGAAGUCCCCCCCUCCACCAGUGUCUACGAGUACAUCGUCUUUCGAGGAAGUGAUGUGAAGGACAUCAGCAUUGCUGGGGAGGACCAAAAGGACCCCGCACCGCAAGAAGCUCCUCGGGUACCAGAUGACCCUGCCAUUCUCGGGGGCGCGCAACGACCAGUUCUUACCCAGGGGCCUGAUUCGGGACCUGCUCCACAGAAUCUUCCUCCCCAGGGCCCUCCCCAGCUGCCCCAGGGAGCUGGCCCAACUCCUCCCGGUUAUCCCCCGCAACACCAAUUCCAGCAAGGUUUCUACCCUCCCUACGGACAGCGAUUUGGACCACCUCCUCCGUUCCCUCCCGGUCCCGGUUUCCCGCCGUAUGGUGCUCCGCCCGGGUGGUACCCCCCUCCAGGCCAUGGAUUCCCCCCGGGCCCUGGUCAAUUCCAACCGCCGAUGCCCAUUGGCCCUGGCCAGCAACCUGGUCCUCAGCAACCUGGUCCUCAGCAACCUGGUCCUCAGCAGCCUGGUCCUCAGCAGCCUGGUCCUCAGCAGCCUGGUCCUCAGCAGCCUGAAUCUCAGCAGCCUGGAUCUCAGCGCCCCGGACCUCCGGGUGCCGCUCCCGCGCCUAAGCCUACCUCUGAACUCCCGGUCGGGGACAAGGUUCCCAACAAGUCUACGAGCCGUAACGCAACCCCGGCCGCUCAGAACGCCCCCACUCCUCCAAUCGAGUCUAAGCCUACUGUUGCUGAAGCUUUGCAAGGUCCUGUCAGUACUGCUCCUCUAACUGCUCAGAAGAAUGGCCGAGUCAUGCCAGCUAUCCCGAUCGCUGCCCCGAAGCCCAAUCCUCCGAUCGCCCACAUUCCUUCCGCCCCUCGGGGAAAUAACCAGUCUGUCACCGAUGCUACCGCGGCCGCCACUGCGGCGGUUGCUGCCGCCAUGGCCAAGUUGCCGCAGCCUGGUGCUCAAAAGCAACCCGGACAGCCCGAAGGUGCCGUGGAUGCGCUUACGCAGCAGAUGAACCACAUGCGCCCUUAUGACAACACCCGUGCCCCCCGAGGCGGUCAUCACCACCCUCGUGGUGGACGCGGCGGUGCUCGUCCUCCGCAGCAGCCCAAGAAAAUCGAAGUCCCCCAAUCGGAUUACGAUUUCCAAACCGCAAACGCCAAGUUCAACAAGCAGGAUUUGGUGAAGGAGGCCAUUGCCACUGGAGUUCCUGUUGCUGAAGCUGAGGCCCAUGCAGCUGAGGAGGCGGAAUCUAUGGAAUCCAUGUCAAACGGCGGCGGCGCUUCGAACCAUGGCUACAACCGCGGUUCCUCCUUCUUUGACAAUAUCUCGAGUGAGGCUCGCGAUCGUGAGGAAAACACCGCUCGUGUUGGUGGCCGUGAAUGGCGCGGCGAGGAGGAGAAACGCAAUAUGGAAACUUUCGGACAGGGUAGCGUUGAUGGCUACCGCCCCAAUUACCGCGGUCGUGGCCGUGGCCGUGGCUACGGUCGUGGUCGAGGUGGUUACAAUCGUGGCUAUGGUGGACGUGGCCGUGGCGGCCGGGUCCCCUCGGAGUCCACUGGUGUUCCAUCCCAGGGUUGA